CUGGUCCAGGUUCGCUAAAAUCAAAGAGAAACAAGCAACACAAAUCGAACACUUUAAGCGAGUUCUCUAUCUUCCCAGGAUUUUGUUUUGUUUUGUUUUUUUUUUUUCUGGAGCUCUAUCACCAUGAAUCCGACGCCGUUUCAACCUUCUGCACCGCCUUCCUGGUUCCCCAUGCUGUCGCCUGACCCGCCGAUGUCGAGCUUCUUCUGGCAAACCGCAAACGUGCGCGAUCGGCUGAAGGAUUUACAAGACACUCUCACUCUUGCAAAAGCAAUGCAGAAAGAACUUGAGAUGUUGAUGCUGAUGAAAGAUAGUAAAGGAUCUGUGGAAGAUACAGAUAAUGGGUGUAAUGAUGCUUCUGUUAGCGGGUUCUCGAAACUCUUGGAAGACAGGGGGAUCAAUGUGGAAUCCCAAACGUCACUUUCAGUGGAAGCGGCAAAUUGUUUGAUGUCCAAAUUAAGGUUUCAGCUCGAACCAUUUAGGGCUGUUACUGAUGAAAUGUGUCAGUGGGAGGAAAAAUCUGUGGUGGUUCGAUUAGCGAAUAAGAUACAAAAGUCGAAGAGAAAUAAGCUUUGGAGGAAAAGGAAGAGGAAGCGCAUUGCGGAGAUGCGUGCAAUGGAGCGUGCAAAGUAUGACCAAGCUGAUCAAGAGGCUGAUGAGUGGAGGGCCAGGGAGAUUGCUAAUGAUCUUGCAAAACGCAAGAUGGAAAAGAUGAAAGAGAUUGCAAAGCUGAAAGCAAAAGAGGAGAGAAAUAAACUAGAAUCGGAGCUUGAGCUGGUAUUGAUUGUGGAGAAAUUGCAAGAGUUGCGUUCAAUUAGGAUUCAUAAAUUGAAAAAACAAGGUCAUUUUCUACCUGAGGAGGAUGACAAGUUUCUUGAGAGGGUUCAAGCCGCAGUUGAGGAAGAGGAGCGCCAAGCAAUUGCAGCAGUCGAUACCGAUUAUGCAAAGGAUGCCAUUGCAACUGCUGAGGAGUCUAGGAAAACAACCUAUAAUCUUGUGCCCGACUCAGAAGAUCUAAGCACUGAUAGAGCCAUAAUUGCGGAAAAUAACGUUCAGGAUACUCCGAGCAAAAACGAUGGGGACCCCAGUGCACCUGUGGAGAAGGAAUCUGGGAAACAAGGGUUGGAGACACAAGUGCAUAGUGGAGCUUAUGAUUCUGUUGCAAACUUACCAAUUGAAUUCUAUCACUACUAUCAUGGCAGCAAUAAUGAUAUGGGCACCUUAAUUGAGGUAAGAAGAACAUGGGAUGCCUACAUUAGACCAGGAGGAAGCUGCAUACCAGGGCACUGGGUUGAACCGCCGCCUCCUGCAAAUGAGAUAUGGGCAUCCUACUUAGUGAGGCCUAAAUGAUGGCUGACCACGUUUGUAAUCUAUGGCAGAUCUUGCUAAAACUAAAAGAAAAGAGGCUACAACAUGAUAGUUAACAUAGUGGCCAAAAGAUAGCGCUUGGCCAUGGACUGCGAGCUUGCGUUUCAAAACUCUGGUUAUAGGACAAAGUGUGAAUAUGCAUUUCUAUGCUUAGAAGCAGCAAAGUCAUCAAGCAUUUGCACUGCUGCGCAUACAAGUACACAACACAAGGAAGUCGACUGCCGCACCUCUUGGCCUUUGCAGUUUCUCUUCACAUUAGCUGGUUUUGAAAUUUUUCCAUUUUCAAUAUUACCAAUAUCAUUUCAGUACUAGAUUAGAUGUCAGUCCUCUGCCAAUAUAUGUAUGUAUGUAUCUUGUUCAGUUCAACCUUAAUAGUUUGCUUCCUUUAGAAGUUACUCAGCAUAUUAUUAUUAUUAAAUAAACUCCCAUUUCGUUGCCUUUCUGUAACUAUGAAUGCUCGACCUUUUUUGUAUGGUAAUAUAUUACUAC